GGCGUCUACUUUGACGUCAAAGGGCAUAAUAUCGCCACCUGCUGGAUUGGAUGCUGAAGUGACAAGAGCAGAACAUGUGAGCUGGUCACAGCUUUGUGCGGUAGCUAACUGCGGGGCAAUGGCGUAUUCAAUCAGUUAGAGGUAAACCACUGGCGGUGUUUUGUUGCUAAACUCUACCGUGUCCCACCUGUCCGGCCCGGAGAAGCGGGAAGAGAGGGGCGCUGCUGGGCUGUAACAUAGUACUGCUGCUGCUAGUUUAGCUAACAUCAGCUAACCCACUACCAGCGGUUAACGCUCGGGUCAAAAAUGGCCUCGGUUUCAAUUCCUGCCUGCACCACUGCACUUUUACUGGACAUCGAGGGAACCACUACUCCAAUCACGUUUGUUAAGGACAUACUGUUUCCUUAUAUCAGAGAGCACCUUGAGGAUCAUCUGUCCACACACUGGGAGGAAGAUGAGUGCAAACAAGAUGUCCACCUGCUCAAAAAGCAGAUCGAAGAGGACAUGAGGCAGAACCGGGCAUGUCCCGUCCACACCGUGGACCAGACCGUCCACACGGACGAGGAGAAGGCCAUCAGGGAGGUGGUGGAGAACGUGAUGUGGCAGAUGGCGGCGGACAGGAAGUCCACGGCGCUCAAGCAGCUGCAGGGCCACAUGUGGAGGGCAGCCUACACAUCCGGGAGAAUCAAAGGCGAGAUCUACCCCGACGUGGUGCCGUCCGUCAAAACGUGGCGGGAGCGCGGCCUGAAGGUUUACAUCUACUCCUCUGGCAGCGUGGAGGCACAGAAGCUCCUGUUCGGAUACUCAGUGGAAGGAGACGUUUUAGACCUCUUUGACGGCCACUUCGACACCACGAUAGGAGCCAAAGUGGACUCAAAGAGCUACGAGAGGAUCGCCGAGCGGAUCGGCUGUCAGCCGGAAGAAAUCACCUUCCUCACCGACGUCAGCAGAGAGGCCAAAGCGGCGGAGGAAGCCGGGCUGAACGUCCUGCUGGUGGUUCGGCCCGGAAACAUGGAGCUGACGGACGAGGAGAGCGCCCACUACAACCUCAUUACCUCCUUUAGUCAACUUCAGCUGACGGGGCGAGCUUAACGCUGACGCAGUCCGCUUCUCCUCUACCACCCCUGACUUUCUUUUUUUUUUUUUUUUUUUCCUCUGGGGUUCUUGAUUUUGACUGUUGGCAGGAACUGGGACUUUUUAUUAAUUUUUUUUUUUGUUCACUGUAUGGCUAAUUAUGUAGCCUUGAAUAAGUAUUCCUCUUCCUCAGACGUUUCCACAUUUUGUCAUUUGCCACAACUACAAACUUCAGCUUAUAUAUAUAUAUAUAUAUCUAUCUAUCUAUAUAUAUAUAUAUAUAUAUAGACCAACAAAAAGUCAUGCAUAGUUGUGAUGAAAAUGAGGUACAUGAUUAAAAACAUUUUUAUUGACCAAAUCUUUGCUGUGGCUCUUGGGCUCAGUCAGGUGAACAUGAUGCUGCCACCUCCGUGGAGAUGUUUUCAGAAUGGUUUGCAUUGUUGCUCUUUAAAUUUUUUUUUUUUUUUUUUAAAGUGAAGGCCCAACAGACCUUUAAACAUCUAUAACAUCUUUAAACAUCCUGUUUGUUCUCUAACGAACCUGUGACACUUUCACAGAACGUCUGGAUUUCUCCGUCUCUACAGGGAGAUACUAUGAAUGCAAACUCAGUCGUCGUUCUUGCAAUUUUCACCAAUCGUUGCAACUUGUCUGCAAAUCGAACCAAUUGCUUCAUUUUAAGUUUCAUCUUUUUCUGACCGACCGCUGCAACUCUCCACCUUAAGCUAAGACGAGUUAACCCUUACAAUUCUGUCAUAUUAAACUUGUUGCUCGUCAGUCAUUCCUUUUUCGUUUCUCUACAGAAGUCGGUUUUUUCUGAGAAAGGAAAGAUUACAACUUGAGAAAAUCAGAGGAAAGGGAAGGUUAUGUGCAACAUUAACAUUUUUUACAAGACCAUGUAAAAAAUUGAAAAUAAAGCUU